GGGGCGCGCGCGCAUCCCGAGCCCGCUAGGAAGGCCCACAAAGCUAAACCCCGGGCCCCGCGCCCAGGCCGGGAGAGCACGGAGCGGGGCGGGGCGGGGCGGGCCAGGCGGGCCGGGGGUGUCGGAUGUCACCCCCCGCGUACACCUCGGCCGGGAGGCGGGGAAGCGAACCACUGAGAUGAGGAGACCUCCUCGGUCCUAGAGCGGUGCAGGAAGUGUCCCAGGGGAGGGAGCCGGAGGGCUCCGGCCUUUCCUUUCCGCGGCGGCCCGGCCUGCGCGGCCCGCCAACCGGGACGCUGCGCAGCGGCGUCUCCCUUCGCUCCCAAGCCCAGCUGAUGCAUUCUAGAGGAUCCCGAGACAGGGUUGGCCUGGCCAGACACGGAGUCUGGCCCGUGCAUUGGAGCCGCCUCGGCCAAGACACCAGAGAGACCGAGCUGGAAGGUGAGGAUCUGCUCCCCUUGCUGUCCCAGGCUUCGAGUUCGAUUUGUGAAGACCUCAAGAACAGAGACAGUGACUUUGGCUCCAAAGCUUCAAGAUUGUGGCCUGCUGGGGCUAUAUCCUUCAGGAGGACGUGUCCAUCAAAGGGUCGUCUUCUGCCGCUGACCCCCAUCAAAUCCCAUCAUGCCCACAGCCCUGUGCCCACGAGUUUUGGCUCCAAAGGAAAGUGAGGAGCCUAGGAAAAUGCGGAGUCCUCCUGGAGAGAACCCCAGCCCUCAGGGUGAGCCUCCCAGCCCAGAGUCCUCUCGACGCCUCUUCCGCCGCUUUCGCUACCAGGAGGCCGCAGGCCCUCGGGAGGCCCUGCAGCGCCUCUGGGAGCUGUGCCGGGGCUGGCUGAGGCUCGAAAGGCACACGAAGGAGCAGAUCCUGGAGCUACUGGUGCUGGAGCAGUUCUUGGCUAUCCUGCCGUGGGAGAUCCAGAGCUGGGUGCGUGCCCAGGAGCCUGAGAGCGGAGAGCAGGCUGUGGCUGCAGUAGAGGCUCUGGAACGGGAGCCAGGGAGACCCUGGCAGUGGCUCAAGCACUGUGAAGACCCGGUGGUGAUUGACGAUGGCGAUGGGCCUGCUGCGCCUCAGGACCUAGAACAAGAACGAAUGUCAGCAGAGUGCCAGAGCAACCCCGAUGCCUCGCCCGGGGCUCCAGCACAGGGCCCUGGGCUCCUAAGCAGAUCGCCAGGCCAGCCUAGUGAAGACCUAGUUCCGCAAGAUGUUUUCCUUGUUCAGGAGCAGAGUGUCAGGGAUGCCCCGCCGGCGACCACCUGCCAGCUUCCCCCGAACCGAGUUUCCCCAUUUAAGGACAUGAUUUUAUGCUUCUCAGAAGAGGACUGGUCCCUUCUGGACCCAGCACAGACUGGUUUCUAUGGAGAAUUCAUCAUUGGGGAAGACUAUGCAGUCUCCAUGCCUCCAACUGAGGCUCCAGUUCAGCUGGGUCACUCACAUGAAGAGGAGAAUGGGUUGCGGGUCACAGAGUGGACAGACCUCCAGGAUAAAGAAGCACCACAGGCUUCCUGCUUAGACCUUCCCAGCCUCCAGCCAUUCCAAGAAGAAAGGAGGAAAUGGGAGGAGCUGCAGCUGCCAGAGCUCCAGUCCUGCCAGCAGGUGGUGCUCUCUCAGAGUCCUUGUCCAGCAGGAGGUGACCCACCACCCCUCAAGAGCAGCCUAGACCAGGAGGUGACCAUCGAGAUCGUGCUGUCCAGCUCUGGGGACGAGGACUCCCAGCACAGCCCAUACUGCACAGAGGAGCUGAGCAGCCCUCCAGAAAACCUCCACAGUGUCCCGGCCCACCAGAGCAACACUAGUGCUGGGGGUGAGGUGCAGACCUCACAGAAAUCUUAUGUGUGCCCAAACUGUGGAAAGAUCUUCCGCUGGAGGGUCAAUUUCAUCCGGCACCUGCGCAGCCGCAGGGAGCAAAAGCCACACAAAUGCUCAGUAUGUGGGGAGCUAUUCAGUGACAGCGAGGACCUGGACGGACACCUAGAGACCCACGAGGCCCAGAAGCCCUACAGGUGCACUGUGUGCGGAAAGAGCUUCCGCCUCAAUUCACACCUAAUCUCACACCGGCGGAUCCACUUGCAGCCAGCCAGCCAGCCACCUGUGAGGAAAAGUGAGGAGGAUGCAUUGGAAGCAGAGGGCACAGGUGCCAGUGACCUAGAGAAGAGCAAGGCCAAGCUGGGCUUCCAGUGCGGGGACUGUGAGAAGAGCUUCCAGCGACACGACCAUCUGGUGAGACACCGUAGACACUGUCAUCUAAAGGACGAGACCCGUCCCUUCCAGUGUCGGUACUGUGUCAAAACUUUCCGACAGAAUUAUGACCUCCUCCGCCAUGAGCGCCUGCACAUGAAGCGUCGCUCCAAGCAGGCUCUGAACUCAUACUGAGCAGGGUGUGGCCCCACAAGCUAUCCCCUGCCCCAGCACAGAACCCUCACCACCUGCCCUUUGCUCUCAGGUAGUGUCCAACUUCUGGUGCCAUGCCUCUUCCUCCCCAGAUAAAAAGCAGUUCCCUGAGCAUUCCCUCUACUGUGCCAAAACCCAGGGAGGUGAGGCAACUCCAGCCUCAAGAUCUGCAUCUCGGAGAUCUCCAGCUACUUGCUCCGGCCCUCAGAGGGACUGGGCUGCCCCAUCCCAGUGGCUUCUAGGGGUGGGGUGUGUACAGUAGAGAGCUGGCCAAAAGCACUGACCCCUCCUCGGAAGUCAGCCUGGGCUGACUUCUAGCCAGGGGAGCACAUGCAUUUAUCCCUACAUGUUUUCUCUGUGCCCUAAGACCCUCCAGGAAUGUGUGAUGGAAACUGCCUGUCACCACUCACAUUCCUCCCCCUUCUGUGAGCUGAGAGCCUGGCCCCUCGAGGUUCUGCUGGGGAAGCAAGCCCUGGAACAGAAGCUUCUGUGAAGUCUUGUCCUUCAUGGGUAGUGGCUCCAAGGCAUUUGUUUAGCUUCCUAGCGCUGUCUUCACUAGUACUAAACAUAGGCUCUUCUAACAGCAUGUGGCAUUGUCAGUUAAGGAAUUUACAAGGCUAGGUCUGGUGUCAGUGGGCUGGUUCUUUCUGAGGCUAGAAGAGGGAAUCAUCCUGGGUCUGAUGGUCACUGACACUUGUCUGUUCCCCGGGGGCUCAUACAAACAUCUCUCCAUCUUUGCCUUCAUCUCCACUGUGUCAGUCUCUAAACUUUUAUACAAGGAUCCCAGUUUUGGGUUGGGGCUCACCCUGUCUACUGUAGCAGAGCCCUGCCUUCAUCUGGAGUGGCCAUUUCCAAAUACAGUCACAUCCUGAGGUACUAGGAGUAAGGACCUCAACACUGGGGUUUGAGUGGACAUAGCCACAACUCCAGUUAAUCCCGUGGUGCUGUUGCUGUUCCUGCCUCAGAUGAACCAAUGUGACCUUGAGGGAGUGUGCUUGCCAUUCCUUUGAAUAUUGAGCUCAGUUGUCUGCUUUCAGAGCUGCUGUCCUCUGCCAGGGAGAACCUUCAUCCAUGGCCUUUAAAUUCAGAACCUGAGAUUCUGGGAGUGGUUGUUGCUAGGAAACCUCAAGCAACCAAACAUGUGGUCCCACUGUCCUGGCACACUGGUGUUGUCCAGGCUUAGUGUGGCUGUGACUGGACCUGAGAGCUGGAAGUAGCCAGUGGGCUAUAACAGCUCUCAGAAGUCAGGAGGUCUAGGAAAAUGAAUUCAUGCCUCUGGUGCUCUCUGUCCUGACCCAAUCAGACUAUAAGACUUUGUAACCGAGUUUCUUUUUCUGCUCAGUGCAUUGCCCAGAAAUAGUAAAUGCAAUAAAACCAUUUGAUCACACCUUGGAGAAGAAAUAAACUAUUGAAGCUCUUAGUUUCUAGA